AUGGAUGGUCGCGUAGUUCGAGGUGUCCAGCGCGCCGCUUUGGAGCAGUGGACAGAAUUCAUAGCCAAAAGCCUCGCCAAUCGUUUAGACCCCGACAAGUUCGAAGCAUACGUGCCGUUUCUCCAAGCCAAGCACCCACUGCCUCCCUCCGCUGUCACCGAUCUCUUUCUGCGACCCCAGCCUCACAACCACGAGAGCCUCGAUCCUCGAGUCCCGCGCUACCUUCAAGUCCUUUCCCACCUAAAUUACAUCGACACACCAUCCAUACUCAAAGCUCUUUACAAGUAUUCUACGUCUCGUGCGCAUUCUCGGGACGCUUCGCAGCCUGCCAAUGGCGAGGACUCGCGGCCUCAGGCCCCACGAUGGGCGAGCUCAUACGCAGCAGAGGAAGUCAUGUUCUACAGACUCACCAAGUCAGUAGCCCAAGGUAUGGCGAUACCAAACACAGAAACCGGUCUAGACGUUGCAAAUAUAAUGGCGAAGUGGAUUGCACUUUUCACCGACGCCGCGACAGCCUUCACAGUCGACGUCAUGGGUCAACUUCAAAACAGUCAAGCGAGGGAAGAGAUGGAGUCUGCACGCGCUGCUUUUGUGGCCUUACUACUUGGUGUAUGCGAGAACCAAGUUGUUCUCAAGGCUUUGAGCAAAACAGAAGCAAGGACCACCAGGAAGGCCCUAUCUGAAAGCCUUGCCAAUUUCGUACCUACAAUAAUGCAAAACGCUGGCCCAAUUGCGACUCGUCUGGAUAUGUUCCGUACCAGUACUCUGGCAGGUUUCGAGCCCGUUGACAAUCAAAAUAAUACAUCAAAUGCCGAGAUAGAAGACCUUUUUGACUCAUCAGUCGCGCUCGAGAACUAUGUUAUCUCCGAACUCCCCAUAGUCAACUCCAGAGCUGGCCUCUACAUAUACUUGAAUGCGGCGCUCGUCGGAAGACCGUUGGUCGAUGACCUCGCUAUCUUCAACUAUUUGAACAACAGAUACCAGGGUGAUGUCCAAACAACGACCAUUGAUCUCAUUCUGGCCUCGUUCGACGUACUGGCCAAUGCCGUGUCGCGUAACGAAGGCAACCCGGCUGCCCACCUGCUGCGCUCGUUUCUCAUGAACAAGAUGCCUCUCUUGAUCGAAAACCUAAGCAAGCACAUGUACCCCCCUCUGACGGCAGAGUUUUGCAUUACUGAAGCACUCAGUCGCGUGGAUACGAAUACGUUCCCCACCCUUUCAUCCAUGUUUGAUGAAUCCAGGAGCAACAACCCUUUCACAGACUCUGUGCGAGAGGAGUUCUGUUGGGCAUGCUGUUUGCAUGGCCUAGUUCGAGAGAGCAGUAUUGAAUCUUUGCUGGGGGAAACCCCCUACCAGUCCCUUCCAGCCGGUGGCAGGUAUAUCAAGGACAACUUAGUUGCCGAUUGCCUUGCAGAUCCCGAAAGAAUGCAGGCUCUCAUCGGCGAGCUAGACGGCAAGGACGGAAACGCUGGCGCAGUCUGCCAGGCUUUGACCGAGGUUUUAGGACAGCUUUGCAGGAAUAAGGAGACAAUGUCCCUGAAGCUUCUGUGCAGCCAACUGGCACAGAAACCGCUCUCCCUAGAUGUCAUGCUUCUAUUUGAGAAGCCCGCGACCAUUCUUCAUCCGCUCUGCGACCUUCUCGACAACUGGAAGUAUGAUGAGGACCAGGGCGAGUACCAGCCUGUGUAUGAGGAGUUUGGAUCUAUACUUCUUCUAGUGAUGGCUUUUGCAUAUCGCUACAACCUAUCCAUGUCAGAUCUCGGUAUCACAUCUCCAGGCUCAUUCGUCUCGAGGUUACUGAGCCAGGGUCACCAAAGCCGGACACUUGACGAGUUGUCAGACCAAGAAAAAGGCCAUCUGGACGGCUGGAUCCAUGGGCUCUUCGACUCCGAGGCCGGAGGCCUUGGCGAUGAGCUUAUGUCGUCCUGCCCUCCCCAGGACUUCUACCUAUUGGUGUCCACCCUAUUUCAGAACAUCGUGCUAGCGUUUGGCACAGGGAACCUAUCUGAGGAUGGCUUAAAAGGGGGUGUUGAAUACCUCGUCGACACCUUCCUUCUCCCCUCUCUUGUCGUUGCUAUCACAUAUCUUUCCAACUCUUUACUUAUUGAGCGUUCCGAUUGCCAAAAGGCCAUUGUCCGAGUUUUGCAGUCUGUUCUUGUCCCGACUGCAAUUUCAAACGAAGCCUCGGCCAUGCUCUCCUCAGUCAUGAACAUAGUUUCGAAGCCACUCGAGCACUCGUUAAGAACGUAUCAAAGAUCAGACCCGAAAAGUCAAGAAGUUGAACCUCUCCUGAAGGCGAUUAAAGACAGCAUUCCUCUGUCUCGAAGGACAGGCGCAGCCGAUCAUGUCGAACUAGAUGCCUGGUCUAACCCGCAGCAACAACACCAACAACAUCCACAACAAGGCGGAUUUGUCAAUGCACUUAGGCAAACGUUGCAGAGUCUAGUCCAAUGGAGCAUACAUCCGAACAUGGACAUGCUGCCUCCUGCGUACACGCACCGUCAGAUACUGGUUGGUCUGAAUACGCUUGGCGCAAAACGGCUCUUACAGCUUAUAUACGACGACAUUAGGCAGCAAACAGAGAGCGGAAGUGGCAGCAUAGUCUAUGACGUGGCUACGGCUCUGGUUUGUGCGCCUGAUGGGAAUAACACUCCAUCCACCAUUGCGCUCAACUUCCUUGACAAUACGGGCAAUGUGCCCGCCCCCGUUCAAAGGAAGCUGACGAUGCGAGAAGUGUUGAAGUCGGAUGCGGAAAAUUGUAAACGCCUGCAAAAAACAGACAUGACCCUGGCCGAAAUUGUCGUGAGGCUGCACCGCAAGGUGGAGUCGCAGAUGGCGGUCUCUCAGGCCGAGGCCAUACAAGCAGACACCAUGCUGCAGAACGACCUUGGCCUGGGUCUUGACGCGGGAACAGGCUCCCUCGGCGAUGCCAUGGCGGCUGCAGCUGCGAAUGUAGUUUCGGGAGACGGCAUGUCUGUGGACAAUGUCAGCCUGGACUUGGGCAUGGGAGGCGACAUGGGUCUGGGCGGGCCUUCUAACAGUGCGGGGGGUUCACUAGAUCUAGGAGAUAAUGAUCUCUUCAGUGGUCUCGACACUGGCGACGACUUCCAGUGGGAUAAUAUGGACUUGUCAUAG